UUCAGAACUCCUAUACUCACUUUGUUCUUGGCAUUCAGGCUCCCACAGUUGCCGUCCUUGGCGCUCAGGGUCCACAUGCCCCAGUGCACCCUCACAGAACCAUUUUCCUUCUCAGUGCAUCAGAGUCCAGGGCCUCACUAUGGUCUGGAGAGAGGCUGAAGCCUUGAACCUCCUUUGGGGCACUAUGAUGAAGGGCUGGGGUGGGUAUGUUGUGGAUGACUUUCAGAUCUUGCUGACCCCACUUGUACCCAUGGGGCUCCUUCAGUGUUCCAGGCUAGGUUUUGCCCUUCCAUUAAUGCUUCCUCUCCCUGCUUACCCCUCUGCAUUUUGCAAGCCCCCCCAACUACCCCCCCAUACACAUUGUGACCCUGCCUCUGCUUCUUGCCCUUUGUCUGGGGCCCACACCACUUUGCACCUAGGCUUCACACUUGUCACAGGUCCACUGGUGGGCUCCUGCUACCAUGGAUUUGUUGUUUGGGCGCCGGAAGACACCAGAGGAGUUGCUGAGGCAGAACCAGAGAGCCCUGAACCGUGCCAUGCGAGAGUUGGACCGUGAGCGACAGAAGCUAGAGACUCAGGAGAAGAAAAUCAUCGCAGACAUCAAGAAGAUGGCCAAGCAGGGCCAGAUGGAUGCUGUGCGUAUCAUGGCAAAAGACCUGGUGCGCACUCGGCGUUACGUGCGCAAGUUUGUGUUGAUGCGGGCCAACAUCCAGGCUGUGUCCCUGAAGAUCCAGACACUGAAGUCUAACAACUCAAUGGCGCAAGCUAUGAAAGGGGUCACCAAAGCCAUGGGCACCAUGAACAGACAGCUGAAGUUGCCUCAGAUCCAGAAGAUCAUGAUGGAAUUUGAGCGGCAGGCCGAGAUCAUGGACAUGAAGGAGGAGAUGAUGAACGAUGCCAUUGAUGAUGCCAUGGGUGAUGAGGAAGAUGAAGAAGAAAGGUUAGGGGACACCAGGUGUGGGGAGGAUGGGGAUGGAUGCCUGGUCCUCGCACAUGCCUGGCCCUCACAAAGGUCUUCUCUCUUCCCAAGUGACGCUGUUGUGUCCCAGGUCCUGGAUGAGCUGGGAUUGAGCCUGACAGACGAGCUGUCAAACCUCCCCUCCACCGGAGGCUCACUCAGUGUGGCUGCCAGUGGGAAGAAAGCAGAGGCAGCAGCUUCAGCCCUAGUAGAUGCCGACGCAGACCUGGAGGAGCGGCUCAAGAAUCUGCGGAGGGACUGAUUGCCCUAUACCACCCUGGGUGGGAGGUGGGCAGUGGAUGCCCAGCAGUUUCACUGUACUUCUUCUGUAAUAAAAGAUUGGACA